GAUCUUAAGUAUUUUUUUGUUUUUUGUCCCCUAAAUAUUGUGAAAACAAAAAUCCUAAGAAAACGUCAUAAUAACCUCAUCUUUUCAAUUAAAUCCCACAAGCAUGGACCUUUCUAAAGUGCUAUCAAAAUAUCAAAAUAUUCAAGCAACGAAAAAAGAUGUUUUGGAUCUUUUGGAGCAGUAUCGGGCACUAAACUACCGUUUAGACUCCUAUGUUUUUAAUGAUGGAUCUAAAAAAGACUUGUUAAGUCUGACUGGAACGAUUCCUGUUGUGUACAAACAAAACACUUAUCAUAUUCCCAUUUGUAUUUGGUUGAUGGACACUCAUCCUUACAACGCGCCGAUUUGCUAUGUAAAACCAACUACCGACAUGCACAUAAAAGUCAGCAUGUACGUUGAUCACAAUGGAAAAAUUUAUUUGCCAUAUCUUCACGAUUGGCAGCCGAAUUCAAGUGACUUAUUGGGGUUGAUUCAAGUAAUGAUUGUUACAUUUGGCGAACAUCCUCCAGUAUAUUCAAAACCAAAACAAGCUCCAUAUCCAGGGCAGUCCUUCAUGCCACAACCAGGAGCAGGAAAUGCAAGUUACAAUCCGUCGUUUCCCCAAUCUUCUAAUUUCCCACCGUAUCCAACAAACAAUUACGGAGGUGGAUAUCCACCUUAUCCUCCAAAUCCUAAUUCAUCAAAUACUCCGUAUCCUCAAUCAAAUUUUAUGCCAGGUAUGCCAUCAGGUUUCAAUUCCGCACCAGCAAAUAAUGCUGGCGCUACAGGGACAAUAUCUGAAGAGCAUAUCAAAGCAUCAUUGAUAUCUGCUGUGGAAGACAAAAUGCGUCGUCGCAUCUACGAGAAAGUCAACCAAUGUCAAGCUGAAAUUCAAACUUUAAAGCGUACGAAACAAGAAUUGAUGGAAGGUCAAACAAAACUUGAAGAUAUUGUAAGAAAAUUGGAACGAGAUGAAACGGAAUUAAAGAGAAACAUUCAAUUGUUGAAUGACAAAGAUGCUGAGUUGACAAAAUCUCUUACAGCCCUUGAGCAAAAUGAUCAAAUUGAUGUUGAUGAAGCUGUCACAACAACUGCCCCCCUCUACAAACAACUUAUAAACGCUUACGCUGAAGAAGCAGCAAUUGAAGAUGCAAUUUAUUACAUUGGUGAAGCAUUACGCAAAGGAGUCAUUGAUCUUGAGGUUUUUCUUAAACAAGUUCGACAACUUUCACGAAAGCAGUUUAUGAAUCGUGCGCUUAUGCAAAAGUGUCGUCAAAAAGCAGGAUUGGCUGGUUAAGAUUGCAUUUCAAAGGUGGCUGAUGCUUUAAGAUUACUCAAAAAAUUUUAUUACAAAUAAUUAUCAAUCAUAAAAUGGUAUAAUAAAAUAGAUUUUUCUUUGUUAAUUGAAAGUAGGUAUUUAAUUAAUGAUGUGUUCUAAAAUUCCUUGUCUAAUUAAUUGUUCACAUUCUGAACUUGGCAAAUAAUGAAUGCUGUCUUUUUGAAGAAGAAUCACUUCACCACUUUCCAACUCCAACUUGCCA